CUCACACGAGCAGGAAUCCUCUAUUUGGCCGCAACUUGCUUUGAUUUUUUUAUUUAUUUUUGGGUACAGCACCCUGACGCUUUAAAUUUCUCCACAUCUUUGUGCUUUUCUAAUACCUUUGCGAUGUGUAGGUUACGUUAUGAUUUUUCCAUUGAUAUUUGACAGCCUAUUUGAUGGGCUCUGUAAGGGGUUUGUACUUUUUUAAGCCAAAGUGUGGUGGUCAAAGCACCUAGUGGUGUAGGAAAUAUCUUCAAGAAACCAGCACAUUCUCAUUCAGAGUAAAAAAAAAACGGAAAGGAUGCUGAACGUUUCGCGGAGUCGGAGUUUUUGGAUGUUGAUGCUGAUCGUCGCGGUAGUGCGGAUGGGAGAAACUCAGGGGACUGAGAGCGAAGCCCAGGUGAACUCCAUCAAAUCACUGGAGCCACAGACCGCCGCCACCAACCGCUCCAGCGGCGCCCCGAGGAAAGGCAACAUCCCAGCUCAGGGGUAUCCAUGCAGCAGUGAUAAAGAGUGCACAGUGGGAACAUACUGCCACAGUCCUCAGCACGCCCCGUCCCGCUGCCUCACUUGCCGCAGGAGAAAGAAGCGCUGCCACAGAGACAACAUGUGCUGCCCUGGCAACCGCUGCAGCAACUACAUCUGCAUCCCCAUCUCAGAGCGCGCCCUGUCCUCACACAAGUCACCUAUGGAGGAGCACAACAAGUUUUCCAUCAAAGACAAAGGCUGGAGGAGGAAUGGCAAAACUCAGGCUAAGAUCUCUCUCAAAGGUCACGAGGGCGACCCUUGCCUGCGAUCGUCCGAUUGCUCGGAGGGCUACUGCUGCGCUCGCCACUUCUGGACGAAAAUCUGCAAGCCUGUACUGCGGCAGGGCGAAGUCUGCACCAAGCAGCGCAAGAAAGGCUCCCACAGCCUGGAGAUCUUUCAGCGCUGUGACUGUGCCAAAGGACUUGCCUGCAAGGUAUGGAAAGAUGCCACCUCCUUCUCCAGGUCCAGGCUGCACGUGUGCCAGGGGAUCUGAGACGGGACGCCCCUGCAAAACAAGCCGCACCUUGGGGCCCCUGCGUCCCGCCGGGGGAGGAGUGGGCAACGACUCCUUUCUCCAGGACUUACUCAGCUGUGAUAAAGAGAGAAAGGGUGAGAUACAGAUGAAUGUGUGCCAGAACAGGGUGGGUUUGGGAUAGGAAUGAACCGAUAUGGUGGGAUGCUCAGCUGUAGCUGUUAAGGAAGCACUCUGGGCCUCGUUUCAAGUUUUUUUGAUCUACAAGCCAUAUUUCGCGUUUGAUGCAAGCACUGCCAUUAUUUCAGUAUGUCCGUGCUGUCAGUUUAGUAUCUUGUGAUGCUGAAUGCUCUGAUUUGGUUUCUAUUUUUCACUAUAUAUUUCAUGCACAUAUGAGUUUUUCACUGCAUAACCACUAAAAUAUUAACUCGUUUUUUUUUUGGUUACAUUAUCAUCGACUUUGGGUCUCGUUCAUUAAAAAUUGUGGAAAGCAGCAAUUUUAAUUUUUCGUUUACUUUUUUUUGUUCUUCUAAAUUUCAGACUGCUCUUCUGAAAGUGCACUUUGAGUUUGCUUGUAUUAAAAAAACAAAAAAGAUCCUAUGUGUACAUAACACCAAAACAGAAGAACAGGUGUAUGUUUUCAAGGUAGCCUCACUAGUAAUGCAUUUGUCUGAGAAAUAUGAUCGUUAGUUCAGAUUUAUUCAAUAGAUAACAUUUUUAUUAUGUCAGAAAUGCUAAAUUGGUUCUGACUAUCAAGGGAAGUUGUUUACAGUGCUGUUCAGUGAAUGUGCAGAUGCUUUAUAACAUUAUGAAUCAUAGGCUGUGCUUUUAUGUAAAAUUCCACAUCAUCUUUUAGCUAGAAUAAUAAUAAUAAUAAACCAAUAAGCUCUUAUAUUGUAAAUAAAAUGCUAAAUUUUCCAAAUGUAUUUAAGAAGCAGUUGUAUAUCAUGUAUAUAUUGGUAAAAAGGAACAGAUGGGGACAUGAAUAAAGUAGCAUAAAGACGUUAAACACUUUUUUUUAUUUUACUUUCAGCUUAUUGUGUGUCAUAGCAUGGUGUGGUUCCAUUUUCCUCAAGCUCUGUUUUUACACCGCUGAUAUGAAAAUCCCGACGCAGAACUCUUUCUAUUAAAUUAUUUGCAAAACACAUUUCUUCUUUGCAGAGCUCAUGCUGUGUAUUUGUUUAAUGUCUGAUUUCCUGGGUUAGUCCUUACUUUGUUCCUGUUGUAACAGUGCUGUUAUGUCUCGUUGUGUAUUUACAGUGAUUUAAACAGAUUAAAG